ACGCGCGUGAUGCUGGACACGCUGUUCUUUCUACUCGAGCGCCUGUUCCUGCUCGCGCACAUUAAAAUAUCUUUGCCGCGGCUCGUGCAGGUAGAGCGCGAGCCCGCGGCGUGCACGCGGCGGGACGAUGUCUCGUGGACUCGGUUCACACGCGGGGACCUGUUGGAGGUGCCGCGCACGCUCUUUACGCACUUCGGGAUCUACAUGGGAGACGGCCGCGUCGCGCACCUCAUCCCUGAUGCUCUGCCGCUCGUGACCACAGACCCGUGGCGCGUGCAGCGCAUGGUCACGAACACGCGCUUGCUGCUAGGAGUGUUGUCCAAACAGGCGAGUGUGCGUGUGGACUCGGUGGAGGACUUUGCGUACGGCGCGCGCAUCCUCGUGAAUCGCGCAGACGCGCAGUGCGCUCCGCUGUGCGGCGAAGAGUCUGCGCUGCGCGGAGAGCGGCUUAUCGGACCCGUGUCCUACAGCCUCCUGUGGAACAACUGCGAGCACUUUGUCACACACUGUCGCUACGGACACGCGCGCAGCCUCCAAACCGAACAGUUCUGCUCAUGGUUGAAGUCCAUGGUCUGGGACCCCAGGACUCUGCUGGCCUCAGUCCUGCUCGGGAUCCUGAUUUUGGUCUUCUUUGGGACCUCUCUUUCCACACUGGUGCCUGCUCUCCUGAUCCCCUUCACGCUAUGGAUGGCCAGUUAAAGAGACCAGACUCAACGUUAUUAUUAUUAUUAUCUACUACAACUACAACCAUACAAGCCUUCAAAGAGACAUAUUAUGCAAAAUUGACUUUUCAGAGCUUUUAACCAUGCUAUAGUUGAUUCUCUUUCUCAUUUACCCUCUUCAAGUUGUAUUUAGAAUGAUUUGUGUAUGUUUGAGUGAUCUUUAUUCUCCUGUAUUCAAGAUAUCAUUGCUUGGAUCAACCCCCACUGUUCUGAACUCAUUUUGUUCUCUAAUUUUAUUUUCUUAUUUUCUAUAGAAGGUUCUGACAGCUCCGCAAUAUUCCAAACCAGAAGUGGGCCAAUCUCGCGAAUAAAAAUGCCCAAAUUGCAACAUAAUGAUCCACAGGUGUCAUAGAUAUAACUACCGUAUUUUCCGUACUAUAGGGCGCACUCAUAAGCCUCCAACCUCAUCAAAUACGACUGUGUGCCCCACAAUCUAGAGCACCCUAUACACGAAUCCACUCGGGUGUUCCAGCACGACUUCAGCAAACCACAAAGCCGCACCACCCUCAGACAGAGCAGACAGAGACCACACAGGGAAAAACACCCGCAGCCACACUCAUCACUCCACACUGACGAGGAACGGAAUGGAGGAACGAACCGAAAAAGCGAGUGCAAGCCAAACAAAAUCUGACUGACCCAUCUAACUGUUGUAUUUCGUUUAAUGUGCCUUAUAGUCCAGUGUGGUUUAUAUGUGAAAAAACUUCGAAAAUAGACCAUUCAAUGACAGUGCACCUUAUAAUCCAGAGUGCCUUAUAGUGUGGAAAAUACGGUAUAUAUGUUACAGACAAAAACACAAAAACGAAAUGGCAAAAAAUGUCCAAAAGUAAAGGUUCAUAAUUUUACUAUAUUUAUCCAACCACACCAUAAUAUCUGCAGAUUUACCAGAGAUAUUUGAGCUGCUCUCAUCUCAGUUAAAUUCCAGAGAUAUAGGAAGGAUGGGAGGGAGUCUGACACAUAGGAACAGUAUUAGAGUGUGACAUGGGAACGGGUGAGAAUUCUGUGACCAGUUUGCACUUGUUUUGACCUGGUUUAUGGUUAGUAUUUCUGUAAUUACUGGGUUUAGCCACACAAAACAAAACCUGUCACAAAAAUGUCUCCUCUGUAAACUAAACUAUGGUGAAAUUAUAUUGUCCACUAUAGAGACAGGCCAUUAAAGGUGCAUGAAGUCACUUUUUUGAAGGAUGAUUCGCCAUGGGGUCGUUACUGCUGAGCCUAGAAUGUUCCACAGAAUGACAUUAAACUCAUAGUAUAUCUUCAUGGAGACAAGCAGGUGAUGCCAGUAAGAUCAGGUAAAAUCUGUGGAAAGGCGAGUCCAUUCACAGUAAGAAUGCAUGUUUUCCAGUGUAUUUUAGAGCAAUAAAAACACUUGAAAUUUAAUAAAUGCGAUUAAGACGAGUUUAAUGCCUUACCAUGGAACAUCCCAUGCAAUAAGCAACGAAGUAAGUAAUUGUAUGUAUUGAUACCUAUGGUGGAAUUUUCAACUGUUACUGUGGUGACGCAAUGCAAACACAGCCAAAAAAAUAAUUAAUUAGUCUGAAAAUUCUAUAAAAAUCUCAUUUAAACAGCACAUUUUCAGGAGGCUGUGAUCAAUACGAGCGUUCAUGGUCCUGUUUAGGCGAUUUUCAGUUUGUCAACAAAAAGGUGAGAGUGCCUAACUGGGAAAAAAUAAUAAUAAUAAUAAUUCUAGCUGUAAUUUUAUCAGAGAGAGACUGUUUUAACUGCACAAAUCAGCUCACCUUUGUAGUGGUCACUUCAGGUCUAAAGUCAAAUUUGAGUAAAAGAGCUUUAGACAGAGCUGGGCCUCCAGUUAGCAUCACACCUCCAGA